AUGAGUGAUGUCCUAGAUAAUUUGGUUAUUUCAUUGUGUAAAUUUACAACGCUGUUGACUGCUAAUGAUAAUCCUACAAUUCUUCCAAUUUUGCUUGGACGAAAUACCAAGGCUUGUCUUGCUCUACGCUUAGUUUUCAGUAUUUCUUCUAGGCAUGCUGAUAUUUUACGCUAUGGUUGGCAUUCUUUACUAGAUUGUCUACUUCAAUUAUUCCGUGCAAAUCUUCUACCUAGUGAAUUAUUACAAUCACAAGACUUUUUAGCUCCAUCUCGUAAAGUUUAUGUAACCACUAAGGGUUGUAUACCAAUAAAAAAGGAGUUGAAGUCUUCACGUAAACAAAAACAGAAGAAUCCACAUUCACAAAACGCUAACUCCAACCGUGAAUUAGGCGUUUUCAGUUCAUUCUAUCAAUAUUUGACAACUGGAUCAUCAUGGAUCGGUUCAGGUGAUGAAGAAGAUGACGACGAUGAUUACAUUGGUGACAAUGGCCAUGAUGAUGAUGAUGAUGAUGAUGAUUACGAUAGAGUUGUGUUAGACAAAGACAGUGGAAUCUCUUCCUCAUCGUUCGACCGUAGAUCAGUGAAGAGUAGCUCUAUAGAUAGUGGAACAUUCAGUCAGAAUGAAAGCAAACUUCUAAGCAGUUUAAUUCUGAAUCAAAGCCAUUUACUGUCAUCUGCCACUCGUGGUGGUCAGUUAGAUGAACAGACAGCUUCCCGUUUUGCCUCAGAGAUUGUUUUACACUGUCAUGUUGAACAUUUGAUUGAAGACAGUAAAUUUUUAGUUGAUGCUUCGUUGACUGAAUUGAUUAAAGCUUUGCUAUGCGCGACUCGUGGUGAUGCCUAUGCUACUCUACCGCACAAUUUUGAUGCUGAUUCUAUAGAUGGAUUACUACUGCUACAACAUACUGAUUCUCAAUCCUUACAAAAUAUCUGCAUAACUUCUGAUUCAGGCAUAACUUCAAAUUCUUCCCAGUCAACUGUUUGUUCACCUGAAACUGAAGGAUCAGCUGUUGCUGUUGUUCCACCACCACAGCAUAACUCUACUGGAGUGCAUCGAAAUUCCGGUUCGUCAUCUUCACCACCACCAUCGUUACUACAAUGGACUAGUGUUGGUGCUGGUUCAACAACAUCAUCUUACUAUUCAUCAUACAACUCUAAUACUACUGGAGGUGGUGGCACCUCCAGUGUAUUGGAUGACUGUCGUAUAUUCUGCCUGGAAUUACUUAUUCGUGUUCUAAUGCAUAAUCGUGACAGAUUGGCUGGAUUUUGGCCGUUGGUAAGAUAUUAUCUAGCUGAUUUGUUAUUGUCUGCACGUUCUCCAAAUCUUCUUGUUGAAAGAAUAAUUGUUGGCUUCCUGCGUCUAGCUAUCUGUUUAUUACGUCGACACGAAGUUACCAGUCAAAUAUUCGCAACACUGUAUUGGCUGUUAUUAAACCAUGGUGAACAGCUUAUGUACUAUGUCAAUGAAUUAUCAUCACCGACAGCAUUACAAUCAGGGAAUAAUAUCACUUCUCCGAAAUUAUCGAACUCACGUAAUUUCAACAAAAGGCCUAUUACUAGGAAUAAUGCUAGUAAUAACAGCGGCAGUAGUAUCAACACCACUUUAUUAUUAUUGUUUAAGCAAGGUUCACGUGUUGGCCGACAGGUGAUUGCUGGUUUAACAGACUUGUUAAGAAAUCAUGCUGCUGAUUUACCAGAUCCAACUACAGACUGGAAGCUUAUCUUUGGUUUACUCGAAGUAUGCGGUGCUGGUCGACGAGCGAAUAUCCUACGAGACGAUGCUAGUAAACAUACACUUCGAAAGACAACUGAAAAUCAUCGAACACAAUUCCAAUCCAAUCCACAUGAAUCAAAUCGUGGUUACACAAGCGAUAGUGAAACACUUCGUACUGUUCAUGAAACACUCCCUGUGACAAGUAUUUCAUCCCUGCAAUUAUCUGAGAUACAGAACACUAAUGGAAUACCAGAAGAGAAUCCUGAACAGACUGACUCAUUAUCAAAAGUCACUGAACUGAAUAAAAAUGAUGUUUCAGAGUCUUAUGAAGUAUUACCAAAAUUGUCGAUAGAUGGAAUACAAACAUUUAUUGAUAAAUCAUCUCUACUCACAUCUCCGUUAGUGCUGAGUUUCGAAGUAGCGAUUGGUUCACGUGAUCCAGUCACAUUAGAACAAGCUGCUGACUGUUUGGCCUUUUUAAUUCGUGAUCCUGCUCAUAUUACACCAGAUAAUUUUGAGUACGCUGUUCAAUGUUUACGAGUUUUUGUGAAGCUUGUCUCCACCGGCCACCAGAAAUAA